AUGUUCGACCAAGCCUCUGCAUCGCCUGGGGUUUGGGUAUCGAGAUCCCAGAAAACGCCACUGCUCGCCCAUUACCUCAGACAAUGGCAACCCGCUAUAUACCAAUUACCAACCCAGGUUUCAGUCGUGGUUACACCGUGGACUGCCAAACAUCACCGGUUCUUUCGGCCAUGGCGGAUGGCAGAGGACUUCCCACAAGUCGUGAUGACAAUUACAGUUAACUGUAAAUCAUGUAGGGCAGUUAGACUCAAGUUAGAGUGUUAG